AUGGAUUUCCAGCAGCUGGCUGACGUUGCGGAUAAAUGGUGCUCCAACACGCCCUUCGAGCUCAUCGCCACCGAGGAGACCGAGCGCAGGAUGGAUUUCUACGCCGACCCUGGCGUCUCCUUCUAUGUGCUGUGUCCGGACAGCGGCUGCGGGGACAAUUUUCACGUGUGGAGUGAGAGCGAGGACUGCCUGCCUUUCUUGCAGCUAGCGCAGGAUUACAUCUCCUCCUGCGGCAAGAAGACGCUCCAGGAAGUCUUGGAAAAAGUCUUCAAGUCUUUCAGACCCAAUGGCAGCUAG